AUGCCGUGCGGAGGUAUUCUGAUUGUGUUGUUGAGAGUUGCAUCUGCACGGCGGGAGACUUCAAGUAUGACAAAUAAUUCUGAUACUUCAAUCGAUGCUGUAGGGACUUCAUCCCGUACUGCUUUUCAUCCGGAUGAUUACACUCAUCCAUGUCACCCACUUUAUAUUCAUCCCUCUGACAUUUUAGGCGCUUCUCUAGUUUUUACUCCUUUUGAUGGGUCUGGUUAUUCUAGCUGGCGUAGGACUAUCCUAGUAGCCUUGUCUGUUUGUAAUAAGUUGGAUUUCAUCAAUGGCUCAUUUGUGAAGCCAACUGCUGAGUCUCCAUUAGCAAGGCAAUGGCAGAGAUGCAAUGAUUUGGUCAUUUCUUGGUUAACAAACUCCCUUACCAAAGAAAUAUCUCGUAGUGUUGAGUACUCUGAGUUAGCCAAAGACAUUUGGAAUGAACUUGAUGAGAGAUAUGGAAAGGCUGAUGGAGCUAGAUUGUUUGAACUUAAGAAAGAAUUAUCACACAUAUCUCAAGGCUCACUAGACAUAGCAUCCUAUUUUAAUACCAUAAAACAACUCUGGGAUGAGAUAUCUUCUAUUUCUGUCAAUCAUUUGUCUGUUUGCACAUGUGGGGGUAAUAAGAAAGCUGAAGAAGAACAGAAAGUCUUAUCAAUUCUUAAUGGGACUCAAUGA